UGAAUGAAACCUCAACUCCACUUAGUAAGUUCCUUCAUGCCGGAGUCGGAGGAGUUUCGCAUGGACCAAAAAGUUUAAUUUGACAAACGCAAUGGACUACAGACGCACUCGGUUUCAUUUCUUAUUUUUGUAUUUAUUUGUUAACAACGUAUUUAUUGGGAUCCAGUCAAAAGAACAUGUGCUACUUGAUAUGAAGGCUGCCGGAAGUGAAUUAGGUUGGUUAACCUGGCCGAAUGAAGAAGGGUGGGAGGUUGUCCAGACGGUGGUGAACGGCUCUCUUCUUUACACCUAUAGUGUGUGUAAUGUUGCCAGUGAUACAGAACAAGACAACUGGCUUCGUACGACCUUUAUCCAGCGUAGGCCCGACGUCUCUCGCGUAUCCGUAGAACUGCGCUUUGUCGUCCGUGACUGCAACUCGUUUGGCAGCUCGUCGCCUUCCUGUCGCGAGACUUUUGGCCUCUAUCUAGGCGAAACUGACACAGAUGUUGGCACAAAUUUCCGCAAGAGCCAGUUUCGAAAGAUAGCCACCGUAGCCCCAGACGAGGUAACAGCUAAUCGUGGAGGGGGCCGAGCUGAUCUGCGGGUGAACGUUGAGACGAAGAGCAUCGGGCCACUCUCCAGAAGGGGCUUCUACCUUUCUUUCCAGGAUUUAGGAGGCUGUGUUGCUCUCCUGGGGCUGAGGGUGUUCUACACCACCUGCCCAGCCACGAUGAGAAGCCUGGCCGCCUUCCCCGAGCAGGUGGCGUCAGGAGCGCUGGCGGAGGUGGAGGGCACCUGUGUGAAGGACGCAGUGAUGGUUGGAGAAGCUGCUCCUCGGAUGUACUGCACCGCUGAGGGAGAGUGGGUCGUUCCUGUGGGCCAGUGUCUCUGCCAAGCGGGAUACCAAGCUGUUGGAGAUGCUUGCAAAGCUUGUGAACCAGGUUACUACAAGAGCACAGAUUCCAGCCAGCCAUGUGAAGUGUGUCCAGAGAACACCAAGCGCUCAGGUCGUGGAGCACUGCUGUGCCCCUGCAUGGAGGGCUUCUUCCGGGCCCCUACGGACCCUGACUCUGCUCCUUGCUCUUCUCUGCCUAGCCCACCCCAAAACCUGGUAUACAUGCCCCUCCUGACUGCGGGGAGUUUGCAACUGAGCUGGCGCCCCCCGGCAGACACUGGCGGCAGAAGCGACAUCACAUACAGUGUGGCUUGCGAGCGCUGUGAGGGUGGUCUGUGUUCACUGUGUGGUGGGAGGGUGCGAUUUGAGCCUGCGCAGACGGCCUUGAAAGACCCCGAGGUCGUGGUUAGCGAGCUGGAGCCUCAUGUGAACUACACAUUUACAGUCGAGGCCCAAAGUGGCGUGUCCCAGUUCAGUCGAAAGAGAGCCACGGCAAGCAUUACAACAGCGCUUCACUUCACAGAUGGCCCAAGGGUGCUAUUCCUGAGAGUAGAAGAUCGGACCACCAGCACUCUGACUUUAUCCUGGGUCGUGGACCACCAUGUGCAGAAUAACUAUUCCCCCCGCUAUGAGCUCAUGUACCGCAAGAAGGAGGAUCCCGGAGAGUUGGAUGUCACCACCUACACCGUUCUGGUUCUGGAGAAGAACUCUGUGCAGAUUAAUGACCUCUUACCAGGAACAAAGUAUGUGUUCCGUGUUCACACCCUGACAGCAGAAGGCCAUCCCAGCAGCCACAGCGCCGAGCUUGAAUUUGAGACGUUGCCUCUCGGAGAAUUUGGUGAGGUCUACCGUGGUUCUCUGAAGAUACCGGGGCGCUGUGAGGUCGCCGUAGCGAUAAAGACCCUGAAGCCAGGCUACACUGAGAAGCAGAGGCUGGACUUCCUUAGUGAAGCCAGUAUUAUGGGCCAGUUUUCCCAUAAGAACAUUAUCCGCCUGGAGGGUGUUGUCACCAAAUUCAAAGACGCCAUGAUUAUCACAGAGUACAUGGAGAAUGGAGCUCUGGACCAGUAUUUAAGGGACCAUGAUGGGGACUUUUCCUCAUACCAGCUUGUGGGAAUGCUCAAUGGCAUAGCGGCAGGAAUGAAGUACCUCUCAGACAUGAACUACGUUCAUCGGGACCUUGCAGCUCGCAAUGUUCUGGUCAACGGCAACUUGGAGUGUAAAGUCUCCGAUUUCGGCCUGUCGCGAGUGCUGGAGGACUAUCCUGAGGGAACCUACACGACUACUGGAGGAAAGAUUCCUAUUCGCUGGACGGCACCUGAGGCAAUAGCGUACAGGAAGUUCACUUCAGCCAGUGAUGUGUGGAGUUUCGGCAUAGUCAUAUGGGAAGUGAUGUCAUUUGGAGAAAGACCCUACUGGGACAUGAGCAACCAUGAGGUGAUGAAAUCCAUAAACGAAGGCUUCAGGUUGCCGGCACCGAUGGGCUGCCCAUCUGCGGUCAAU